AAAACCCGUCAAGCCAACGUCAACCCGUUCCGUUCAGUAACCUUGUGCUUGUUUAAACCUAUUUGUUCUGGAAAGUUCACAUUUAUUUGAAAUAGAUUUCGGAUUCCUGACAUUUUUUGUGGAUACCUUGGUGUCAAGAAUAAAACGUCUGCAAAAGCUUUGCCUUGCAUUUUUGAACGAAGUAUUUUUAGUGCAAACAUGGCGCUAUUGCCAUGUUACAAUCGAGGUUGUGGUCAAAAAUUUGAUCCUAGUAACAAUACCGAAGAUAACUGCAUACACCAUCCAGGUGUUCCGUUUUUUCACGAUGCCUAUAAAGGUUGGACCUGCUGUAACAGAAAAAGUGUUGACUUUACUGAGUUUCUAAACAUCAAAGGAUGCACUGCCGGAAAACAUUCGAAUCAAAAACCACCGGAACCGGAAAAACUCACCAAAGAUCCAGCUGUCGAGGAGAUCCCUCAGGAAAAGAUGCCGGAACCUAAGAAAAAGUCUACUUUAGUGCGACCUCCAUGGGAUAGUCCGCUGAUAAAGAUGGAGCCAACAGUAACACCGUCUUUCCGCAAGCAAAUCGAUGACCUUCCAGAAAUGUUGGUAACAUCACCCAGAACCAGUUCUGAUCCAUCUGAAAUAAAGUCCGGAACACUUUGCAAACAUGGUGGAUGCAACUAUGCAUACGAAGGAAAUUUAGAUGACAACAAGCCAUGUGUUUAUCACCCAGGUGUUCCUAUUUUCCACGAGGGUCUCAAAUUUUGGUCGUGUUGUCAACGAAGAACCUCAGAUUUCACAGCUUUUAUGAAUCAGCCCGGUUGUGAAACUGGGUCUCACAAGUGGACCAGUGACGAAGAGCGGUCCAAAGCUGUCAACUGCCGGUUGGACUGGCAUCAGACUGCAACGCAGGUUGUCGUUACGAUAUAUGCAAAAAUGUAUCACUAUAAACUUAGUACGGUUUCGCUGAAUCCCAUUCGGCUCGCUGUUUGUUUGGUGUUUCCUCAGCAAAACAAUCAGGAAUACAAUGCCGACUUGGAACUCAGAGGAAUUAUUGACGUUAGCAAAUCCAGUGUACAAAUGUUUGGCACAAAAGUGGAAGUGACCCUCGUAAAGGCAGAACCAGGUCAGUGGCUUAAAUUAGAUUUUCCUCGGGAGAAGAAAGUGACUGCAGAGCAACAAAUAGCAGAAGAAGAUAAGAAGCGAUCAACUUCCGAUGAUCCCGACUCAGAUGUAGAUCUCGAUGAUAUCGAACCGGCCUUUAGCUCAGCCUCAUUGAAAGAAAUCAAAUAGCGAUCCGAAUGAAAGUAUAACUUAGAUAUUUUUAGUGAUUAUAUGUUUUUCAUGUUCCUUAAUGUAAAUUGAUAACUUUGGCUUUCUAAAAGUUACUAAUA